AAUUUGGUAUCUUUUUAUUGCAGAAAAUCGAACGGUACCAUGUUCGCUGUGAAACGUGUUCUUGUUCCUGUUUCUCUGCAACAGUGGCGUCAUUUCAGAUCAAGUGUAGUGAAAUCCGUUCGAGAAAAUGGGACCGAAGAUUCCAGUGAAUGGGCUGUUAAAAACAAGGUGUUCACUGCUGCGUUGACUUACGUGCCUACGGAUGGAUGGUCGAGAGAGGCAAUUGUAAAAGGUGCCAGAAGUAUUGGUCUUCCUAGUGUGGCGCAUGGUCUUUUCAGCGACGGUGCAGUGGAUUUGGUUGCCUUCUUUUACCUGAAAUGUAACGAAGACCUCACGAAAUGGAUGGAACAGGAACUUGAAAGAUCUCCAGAAUCGCCCCAGAUUCAACGUUCGAAAACUAAUUUGAUUCGGGACUCCGUCAAGCACCGCCUGGAAAUGAUUUUGCCCGUAGAAGCGCAGUGGCCGCAAGCCAUGAGCCUCUUAGCUUUGAAUCCGCGCACAGGAUUGUUUGUUCUAUCCGAUUUGAUGGACGAUAUUUGGCAUGUUGCUGGAGAUGACAGAUCCCACGAUGUAUGUCCGAAUUUGAAUUGGUAUAGCAAGCGGUUGGGGCUGACUGCACUCUACAAGUCGACUGAGAUCUUCAUGCUUCAAGAUAUUUCCCCCGAUAAAUCCAACACUUGGGAGUUUUUGGAUCGGCGCAUUGAGAACUUAUUUGCCAUGACAAAUUUUGCCAAGAAUGCUGAAGUGGCACUAGCUUUUAGUGCAAAAGCUACGACAGGUUUAGCACUAAGUGUGAAAAACAUGCUUGGACUUAACCAUUGGAUGCGAUGACAAAGCAAGGAAGGUUGCCAUUCGAAUUUUGAUGCUGAAUGUGAUUUGUUCAUUUGGUGCAGCUUGCGAAGAUUUUGUUGUUGUGCAAUGCAGUUUCUUUUUGCUUCUGUCAAA